AGUCGCGGUGGUAGGCCGGGCUGUCAGACAUGAAGGGGCGGGACAGGUGAGGACAGAGUCUACAAGAAAGAAAGGAUGGGUGAUUUUUCUUCAGCGUGUGUUUGUGUUUCGCCAUAUGUAGGGUAGAGACCAGAGAAGUUUGUUUUUAGCUAGUUGGCGUCGACUGUUGUGUUUAUUUGUCCGGAGAACUCCUCAACCGUUGGUUUUAGCGAACGUUCUAUUUUUAACUGACUGCGCGAGAGAGAUUUUUCGAAAAAGUGGGGAAGUGUCAAAACAACAACUUGUUUUGCCCACAUUUUGUUUAACUUUUAUUCAACCGAUAAGGGAGUGUAAAUUCAUUUUAUUUAUUUGUUUUAAAAAAAAAAUUCUAGUAAUUUUUUUAGUUGAACUCAGUCGAGUCAGGUUUGCCUCGUCGCCAUGGAGAAGUACGACUGUCACUCAGCAACGCACGGGUAUCCACAUCCGUUCAUUCAGGAGGUGAAGCUGACCAGGGCGCAGAGGAUCAGGGGCCUCAUCCUGGGCAGCAUCCUCUUCCCUGUACGCGUCACCCUGGCGGCUCUUUUCUUCCUCAUCAUGUGGCCUCUUGCCCGGUUACGAUUUGCCGGCCUGUCUGAGGAGGAGCGCUCCCGGCCCGCCAAGGGCUGGCGUCUCUGGCUCUUACACCCCAUCAUCUUGUGUCUGAGCCGAGCUGUCUUCUUCACCCUGGGCUUCCUGUGGGUGAAGGUCAAAGGUCGCAGGGCAGACCUGAAGGAGGCGCCAGUGCUGGUGGUAGCGCCUCACAGCAGCUUUCUGGACAUGCUGGUUCUGUGUCACACCCAGCUGGCAUCGGUGGUGUCGCGGUCGGAGAACACCAGCCUGCCAGUCAUAGGAGCUCUGCUGGAGUUCAACCAGUCUGUGCUGGUGAGCAGAAAGGAUCCCGAGUCGAGAAAAAGGGCAGUCGCACAGGUCACAGAGAGGCUGACGUCCGAUGGCUACUGGCCUCAGAUGCUGAUGUUUCCUGAGGGAACCACAACUAACGGCCGCACUCUCAUCAAAUUCAAACCUGGUGCCUUUCUUCCUGGAGUCCCGGUCCAACCUGUUCUGCUGCGUUACCCCAACAAGCUGGAUACUAUUCGCUGGACGUACAAAGGAACAACCUGGACUGAGGCACUGUGGCACACAACUUCACAGUUCUACACCAACAUGACUAUUGAGUUCUUGCCAGUUUACAACCCCUCCCAGGAGGAGAAGAAGGACCCCAACCUGUAUGCAGACAAUGUUCAGAAACUCAUGGCCAAGGCCCUCGAAGUCCCAGCUACAGAUUAUGUGAUGGAGGGCCGAGUUCCUGUCAGUAAACUGGGUGGUCUCUCUCUCCCACUGGAGUCACCUGCCAGGGAAACUCUCUCGCUUUUACACCGAAACGGUCUGGGAGCGCAUGAAGUGGAAGCAGCACUGGAGAGAAUGAUUGACAGGUGUCAGUCAGGAGCUCAGGGGUCAAAGGCCAGUGCAGAGGAGCUCGCCUCUAUUCUCGGGCUGAAGGAUAAACAGACAGCCGUCACUAUCUGUCGCCUCUACUCCAAGGAUGAAAUUGCCGACCUCCGACAGAUAUAUUUGAGUGCUGCUGCUCUGUCAGGAUUUGUCAGCUUCAAGUCACUACUUCACACUGCGUUUACUCUGUUUGACCGAGAGGGCAGAGGCAGUCUGAGUGCAGAGGAGCUGUCAGGCCUCAUGGGGGCGCUGCUGGGCUUUCCUCAGCACCAAACUGCUGAGCUUUACGCUCAGGCCUCCAAUCAAGAACACCUUACUGAAGAAAAUCUGCUGCGAGUGCUGACGACCCACCCGACCUAUCAGAGAGUGGUGAACGAGUACAUGCAGCCCGAGGAGGCGGGUACUACCCCGCUGGCCAAUGGGAAGGCUGUGAACAACAACGGAAACAUGCACAACAGCAACGGAUCCCUCCAACACAACAAAAAGUUGGAAUGAGGAAUUUAUUUUUAUUUUUUUAAACUUUUUUUGCAACGGUACAAAUUGAACCAGAAUAAUCGUCGACAAAGGACUGUAAUUUUUUUUUAAACUUUGAUACCUGUGUGUUUGGAUGUAUGGGUGUACUUUUUAAAUUUAUAUUACUGUAACAUUUUGCUACAUUCAACCAUGCUAACAUUAGAAAACCAAAGAAUGACUUAAAUUAUCACAAAAUUAUGACCACAGUGGCUCUCUGUGUGUGUGUGUGUGUGUGUGUGUGUGUGUGUGUGUGUGUGUGUGUGUGUGUGUGUGUGUGAGACCAUUUCCUUGUAUAUUUGAGGACUGGAAGUCCUCAAGAAAUCCUCAAGAAAUCUUGUUCACAUGUUGUUCCAGUUGCUGUUAAAGGACUCUGUUACUUAUGUCAUUUGAAGCCAUAAAAUGUCUUAUUUAUAAUUCCCUCAUAUGUAUAUUGAAUGUUUGUUUUUUUUAAACGGGAUAAUGGUAUGUGCAAAAAGAAGCUAAACACUCUGUAAAGCAAAAGGUUUAUUUUAUGUAAAAUAAUUAUUCUUACAUUUUUGUGUGAAUAUUGUUUCUAUUUAACAAUUAAACUGUGAAUUCUUUUAA